AUGACAAGGCUUCUUUUUUUACCCUCUCAGUGGUGGUUGUUAUUGUUCUUGCCAUUUCUGACUGUUCUCCUUUUAUGUACAACGAGGAGCGUUGUUGGGAAUGAACUAGUAAAGCUGGAUGAUAAUACUUUACUUGAGGUUUCGGAUUAUGGAGAAGGAAUUUUGCGUAUGCGAUUGAAACCACAGAAGCCAGAUUUUUAUGAGGUUAAAGAUGUAGUCAUUCGUGAACCGGUAAGUACCCCAUUAAACUAUACCUGUACAGGAACAAACUGCACCAUUCAUGGUGGUUCUUGUCUCUUGACAACAAGUAUAGUCGAAGACAAUUUCCAAGCGAAUUAUAAAUGUAAUGAUAUGGAUUUGUCAACACUAAAGGUUUCUCUAAAUAGUAUAGAAAAUCCUUCUGUAACACUUACAUUCCCUUCUGCUGAACGUUUAUAUGGUAUACCUGAACACGCAAUGGAUUUGGCAUUAAAAGAGAAUGUAACGUACGUUAUGUAUAAUACGGAUGCCUUUCAGUACAAAAUUAACGAUCCACAAGCCCUUUAUGGUACAAUUCCUUUUAUUUUAGCACACUCCGUAAAACGUUCAACUGGUGUACUUUUUCUUAAUAGUGCUGAGAUGAAGGUUGAAGUUCAAUUGGGUGAGAUUGUAGGGUGUAAAUGGGAUGUUGAAGUUGGUUUGGUGGAUUUCUUCUUUUUUCCAGGACAAACACCAUCAAAGGUACAGCAACAACAUGCCUCUAUUACGGGUUCUACACUCUUUCCACCAUACUUCUCUCUGGGUUAUCAUCAAUGUCGAUGGAAUUAUCGAAAUAGCAAUGACUGUUUAAGUGUUGAUCAAGGUUUUGACCGACAUAAUCUUCCUUACGAUGUACUUUGGCUUGAUAUUGAACAUACUGAUGGUAAAAAGUAUUUUACAUGGGAUAAACAUAAUUUUCCUGAACCCAAAGUUAUCGUUGAAGCAUUAGCAUCUAAAGGGCGAAAACUCGUAACUGUAAAAGAUCCACAUGUAAAAAUUGAAAAUGACUAUUAUGUUCAUGAAGAGGCGGUAAAGGGAGAUCAUUAUAUAAAGACUUCAGAUGGAAAAAGUAAUUAUGAAGGUAAAUGUUGGCCUGGAAAAAGUUCUUGGGUUGAUUUUUACAAUAAGAAAACAAGAGAUUGGUAUGCUUCCCUUUUUCACCAUGAUCGUUAUGAAGGUAGUAGUCAUAAUGUUUUUACAUGGGUAGAUAUGAAUGAACCAUCUGUUUUUGAUGGUCCUGACAAGACUAUUCAUCGUGAUGUUAAACAUACUAGCGAUAGUGGAAAACUUGUUGAAAAUAAAUAUUUACAUAAUAUGUAUUCCCUUUAUAGUGCAAUGACUGUAUAUCAGGGACAUAUAGAGACAAGUAAAGGACUUUCUCAUGUAAGACGACCUUUCGUUCUUACACGAAGUUUUUUCUCUGGUUCUCAACGUUAUGCUGCAAUGUGGACAGGAGAUAAUAUGGCACGAUGGGAUCAUCUUCAGAACUCAAUACCGGAACUUUUGUCUCUUUCAAUAUCAAAUUAUCCAUUUUGCGGUGCUGAUAUUGGAGGUUUUUUCUUUGAUCCAAGUGAAGAACUCUUCGUUCGAUGGAUGCAAGCUUCUAUAUUUUAUCCUUUUAUGCGGGGACAUUCACAUUUGGAAACAAGGCGUCGUGAACCAUGGACUUUCAGUGAUAACGCAACCGAUCGUGUUCGUAUCGCCUUGGCACUUCGAUACUCUCUUUUACCUUAUCUCUAUACUCAAUUUUAUCAAAGUCAUAAAAUUGGUUCUACUAUUAUUCGACCACUAUUUUAUGAAUUCCCACGUGAUAAGAAAUUGUAUGAUGAACAGUAUUCAUUUAUGUUUGGUCCUGCACUUCUUGCAUCUCCUGUUCUUGAAGAGGGGGCAACCGAAAAGGUUGUAACAUUACCUGAAGGAAGUGUAUGGUAUUCAUACGCUACAGGAGAAAUAACAUCAUCUGGUGCUCAUAAUAUGACUGUUGAUAUGGAUACAAUACCACUUUUUCUUCGUGGAGGUUAUAUAAUACCUGUUAAACUUCGUUUGCGUCGCAAUACAUUUACCAGUAAAGAUGAUCCCUUUACUUUAUAUGUUGCAUUAAAUGAAAGAGGUAAUAGUGAGGGUGAACUUUUUAUGGAUGAUGGUGAAUCAUUUGAUUAUGAGUCUGGUGCAUACAUACACAGACGUUUUUCAUAUACAGAAAAUCAAUUAAAAUGUACCGCAUAUGAUAAUCAAAGAAAAACUACCUUCUCUGGUGUGCAUAAUGGACUUGAGCGUGUGAUUAUUUUUGGAUUUCAAGGACGUCCUAAACGUGUUAUUGUUCAAACAACAGAAGGAUCUAUUGAUGCAGGACAUGAGAUUGAUUAUGAGUUACAGGGUGGGGCUCUGGUGUUGCGUAAACCGGACGUGCCAAUAGGCAGUGACUGGACAAUUACACUAGAGCGAUAA